CUCCUCGCUUCCAUCCCAGUCAUUGGCAUUUCCUUUCUGAGCUCACGGAUAAAGUGACGCGGAGAGGUUCGUCUUUCCCACUCGGAAGAGGAAGCUCCAAAAGCCCUUUUUUUUUCUUUUUGAAGUAACGGUCUGCGGGACGCGCGCAACAGAAAAGAUUGGAGCAGAAGAGGGCGGUUGUGCGCGCGCGCCCGCCUGAGCAGUCCCGGGACGUUAAAACUGGGGGGGAGGAGGAGGAGGAGACCAGACAGGAAGCAGCCGCAGCCAGGGAAAAGAACAGCAAAAAGUUUCAGUCAAGAGAGUUGCGAGAAACCCGAGGUCGGAUUGCAGGCAAGGGGGGCGCAGAGGAACACCAAAAGAUUCGGUCAGCCUGGAAAGCGCGUUUUGGAGGCGGCUGGAUGCAGCAGCAAAGCGGAGAUCUAGCCCUCCGAGGAAGUGGAGAGGCCGCCCAAGGCUCAGAGUGUUGUCAACCGUCUCCCGGAGAAGAGAGGCGGGGACAUCCUGGGCGUCGGCUGCGGGGCCAAGAGGCUGCGCCCAGGGCGUUGGGGCGCGUCCCGUUGGAAUUGGAAGGAUGGCUCGGUAAAUAACCUCCUUCCGACCAGAGGCAGCUACAAUGGGAUGAACAGAACUCCCCCCCUAACCUUCUUAAAAAACAGAGACGCGGAAGGCCUCAAACACGCUUUCUUAACUAUCGCUUGAGCACAAUGCCCUCUUAUAGCGCUCAGAGGCACUCUGUACGUGGCAACCUGCUCGACUGAGCUCUCCCUCCCAACGAAGGCCUCGCCCGCCAUGACUGUCUACAGCCUCAAUUUGCGGGUCUUUUGGCCGCUGGUGACCUGCGCGUGCAUGGCGCUGCUUUGCCUCUUGCAAGCACUGAGGAGCAAAGCUGGGGCGGCCGCGGCCUCCCCCUGGGACUACGGCCCGGCUGCCCCUCUGCUUAAAGCCUCGCUGCUUCUCUUGCUCUUGGCCUACUUGGCACUGCGCUACCGUGGUUGGCGGGGCGGGCGCGCCACGAGAUCCCCAGGCUUCGCGGUGAGCCCAGAAGGCGCCUGGAGCCAACUUCGACGGCGGCAGCGACGACGCAGCUUGCUGGAGAAGUUUUACGAGCAACAGCUGCGGCUCUCGCCCCACGUGCUGGGCCACAGUAAGGCGCACGUCAGCCAGGUGGUGGGCGAGGUGGUGCGCGCCGGCAAGGCGCCGGACCGUCUGGCGUUGCGCGGGGACUUCGUGCAAGUGGGCAGCGCCUACGAGCAGCACAAAGUGCGCAGCCCUGACUGCUUCGACGUGCUGGUGCCUUUGCGGCUGCCGCCGCGCCUGGAGCUCCGCGUGCAGCCCCGCCAGGAAGCAGAAGUGGGCCUGCUGGGGGCUUUCGCGUGCGCCCUCGAGGUGUUGCCCGGCGGCGCGCAUGACGAGGCGGGCGGCAGAAGGGGCAACAGCAUCUCUCCCCGGGAGACCGGGGCACUGAGCGAGGCGCUGUGCGUGGAGCUGCCCUCGCAGCAGGGCGGCGGGCGGCACUUGUCCUCGGUGCUGGUGUUGCGCUGGUUCCAGGGCCAGGUCCAGCGGUGCUUGGGCGCCGUGCGCUCUCGCCUCCAGGAGCGCUGCCGGGUCAGCUUGGCCGUCGGGCCGGGCCGCCCGCUCGCCUUGCACAUCGAGCCCCGGUUGGACUACGUCUGUUGCCACCUGUCCAUGGCCGUGCGCCUCAUCCCGGCCAUACCGCUGGGCGAGGCCCUCUACCUCACCCCGUUGCCGUCUGCUCGCCCACCCGCUCCUGGUAAACUUGGCACCUUCUGGACGCUCAACGUCUCCAAACAAGAGCAGCGGCUGCUGGGCUUUUUCAAGGAGCAAGCACCCACCGACUCCUGCCACCUCAAGUGCCUGCAGAUCCUCAAGGGGCUGAGGGACGUCGGGGGCCGCUCCUUGGAGCAGCCGCUGGGCGCUCAGUGGAACCGGGUCCUUUCUUCCUAUGUCCUCAAGACGGCGCUUCUCUGGCUCCUCCUGCGGGGCCCCUUGCAGGCUUGGGAGGACCGGUUUCUAGUGGACAGGCUAGAGAAUCUCUUCCUGUUCCUGGUGGAAAGCCUGCAGAGGCGGAAGUUGCUGCACCUCUUCUUGGGCAACCCUCAGCUCCCUGAAGCCCUGAGCCUGCCCAAGGUCCUCAAGGAAGCCGCUCCAGUGAACCUCCUGGCCGACUUUGAUGGCACCACCUUGGACAAGGUGGCCGUCCAGCUGCUGAACACUUGGAAGCAGGUGCCCAAGGUGGUCAGGAUGUACAGUGGCCACAGAUACCGGAGGAAGCAUCCUGUUUGAGAGAGAGCUGAGGACCCUCAGUUUAACUGAGCACCUUUGGGCUCUGCAUGUCUUUCAUCAACCUGUGGCCUUAUAAUAUUAAUUACAGAGUUGGAAGGGACCUUGGAGGCCAUCUAGUCUAACCCCUGCCCAAAGCAGGAUCUGCGAGGCAGGAAUAUACAGCUACAGAGGGAGGGUCACCCAGCCUCUGCUUAAAUGCCUCCAGCGAAGGAGAGACAGUCUCUCCUGAGGCAGACUGUCCCAACACCUCUUGCCCUUAAGAAGUAUCUCCUAAUGUUUAGCUGAAAUCUGCCAUUCCAACCAAAUGAGUUGUAAUCCUGUCAUCUGAAGCUACAGAGAACAUGUCUGGUCCAUCUUCUGAGGGACGGCCCCAUCAGAUAAUUGAACGCCGUUCUCAUGUCUUCUCUUAAUCUUCUGUUCUCCAGCUAUUAGGACUGGUUUCUAGACCAGUCAAUGCAUUCCAGUGUUGGUACCCAGAACUGAACCCACUUUUGGGACACAAGUUUGCUUAAAGAUCUUCCCCUGUGCAAAUUCCCUAUAGGGCAUUUGCAGCGCUAAAGGAGACGUCCAGUUAGCAUGCCUACAUGGGCCAAACUUACACUAAAUGCAUGAUCACAUACAACAUAUCUGUUCAACCUCCUCCCCACAGUCUCAAUGAGCCCUCCCUCCCAAGCUUCAAUCUGGCUAUUAGCCACAAUUCCACUGUCAGAGGCUCCAUGCUUCUGAAUACCAGUUGCUGGUAACUGCGGGAGGGGAGAGAGCUAUUGCACCCGGGUCCUGCUUGCAGGCUCCCCAAAGGCAUCUGGCUGGCCCCUGUGUGAACAGGAUGCUGGACGAGAUGGGCCUUUGGCCUGAUCCAACAGGGUGGCUCUUAGGCUGCGUACACACCAUACAUUUAAAGCGAAGGGUCUUUUCCUCAAAGAGUCCUGGGAACUGUAGCUUGUUAGGGGUGCUGGGAAUUGUGGCUCUGUGGCAGGUAAACUACAGUUCCCAGGAUUCCUUGGGGGCAAUAAUGUGCUUUAAAUGGUGUGUAUGCAGCCUUAUAUUCUUACGUGUGGAUGGGUAACUGCUGUUGGGUAACUGCUGUUGACACCAGUUGGAGCUGCUUUUGCGUCACAACGGCAGCUUUUGGAGAGGGGAGUUUGAUCAGAUGAAGUCCCCCUCCCCGUGUUACAAUUCUGGUUUCCCCCCCCCCCACUCCCAUCAGCUGCCAUUUUUGUAAAGAAUAAAACAGACAUACUGAUAUGUUAACUGUGAUUAUGCAUUUAAUGUCAUGUGCAAUUUGGCCCAUUGGUACAAUUCCGACAUUCAUUUGGGAUGUGGUUAAGCUGUCAUAGUGUGGCUUUCUUACUCAUUAAGGUUUUUUAUAUUAUUCCUCUUUCUUUCGAGUGCAGAACUUCCCCAAAACAGCAGGCAGUGAAGCUCCUGGUCGCCUGAUGGUGUCUGAAUCUGAUAUGUUAGCACAUUGGUGGUGCGUUUGGGAGGAAACCCUGACCAUGUGGGCAACUUAGAGCAUGGGCCACUUUUUUUUAACCGUGUGAACAAUGUGAAAGUCAUUCUUAAAUUCAUGAAUCCGAAAUGUUGCUGGAUUAUUUUGUAGGCUUUUCUAAUGAAAUAAGAACAGUUUUGAUAUCCCUAACCAAGGAGUAGGACAACAGCAAGAGGAAGACCGUGCCUUGCACCUAGAGACUAAGCACUGAGGGUUGGCUCCAGCUAGGUUCUACUCGGAGAAAUGAAAUUAAUGAGCCAAAAUUUGUCAUGCUGCUUUAUUUCAAUAGAAUGACUAACAUUGGAUACAGCCCUGAUUCUUGGAGCAAAUCUGAUCCAUUUCAGCGAGAUGUGUCAAGGUGCAAAACCUCACACUCAUAACCACUUCCAAGACCUGCAUCCAAUGUUUAUUGUUAGCAAUUGAUUUAAAAAGCCCUUCCUGUGUCCUUGCAGUAGCUGGGUGGGUGAUCGAUCAAUGUGAACAUUGGUUCCAGUGAGCUGGGAUCCAUGAGUUUCCCCCUUUAAGCAAGACACUCAUGGAUCCCAGCAAGGUCAUAGGACGGGGUCUUCACAUGAGCUUUUCUCUGUAGCAUCUCCUCUGUGCAAAUUUCCUUUAAGGCAAGGAUGGGGAUCCUCUGGCCCCGGUUGCUGGGCUGCAAUUCCCAUCAGUCCCAUCCAACACGACCAUUGGUCAGGGGGGAUAGGGGUUGUAGCCCAUCAAUAUCUGGAGGGCCACAGGUUCUCCAUCCCUGCUUUGAGGAGCAACAGAAGCCAAAGUUGUGAGGGCACAGUGGCACUUGUAAUAUCCAGAGCUGCCUUUGGCCUUGACUUGGAAUGUGCUUGUAACUACAAGAGCCCUUUGGCACGACUAGCAGAGGUGAAGAUUUGUGCAUGCCGCUGCUCAAGCUAUUUUAAGUGCAUUGGUAUGCAAAAUCACUGUCUGUGUUUAUCUCCAUGGCUCUUGUGACCCACAAUCCAGCCAAACUGGAAAUCAAAUUGGAUGUCCCAUCAUGUGAUUUGGCUCCUAGCCCAAGGACCUGAAGGAUUCUUUUAAUGCAAUGCAUGGUGUGGGUCAGAAUGAACGACAACAGAUGGGAUGCAGGGCUGAAUAAUGAUGGGAUGCGAAAUGGCAACAUUUUCCAAGAAGGCACAAUAGGUCUAGUUGUGUUCUGAAGGAAAGUCACCUUGGGGAUUUCCAAACCGAUACGUAUUCAGAGACCAAAAAAGAAUAGCACUUUAUUUUCAUAAGGUCCUCUUUUUUAAAAUUAUUUUUUGCAGUGCACAUAUGCCAUGUGUUAAAAUGUUUUCUCGGAAGCAUCUGAGCAAUAAUAAUAAAGAGAAAAUAGAAAUGGAUGCCCAGUUUUCAUAAUAAGAUGCCUUUUUUAAAAAAAGGCUGAUCCAGAACACUGUUACCUUAAGAGAUGCUGUCGGGCCGAAAACAGUAUUUUGCCUUAAUGACUGCCUCCUUAAACACUACUCUCCAGUGUGUCAUUUAAAAGAAGCCAGCUCAGGGGUGGGUGGGUAGGCUUGUGGCUUCCGACAACAAACUUCCUGUGUUGAUUAUUUUAGUGAAUCUCCUGGCAUCGAGCCAGACGGAAGUCUUCCCAGAUUAAAAUCAACAGGUGCUUGAUUUUAAUCCCUUACUGUACAAAAGGGAGCAUACCAAAGACUUGAAGAUGUUAUGCUACUAGCUCUUGGGCAUGGACAUUGAGCAAUCAGUCCUACUUAGGCCCCAUCUGUGCUAUACAUUUAAAGUUGUAUUGAACCACUUUAAAAUAGCUAUGGUUUCCUCCAAAGAAUCCUAGGAGCUGUAGUUUGUAAAGGGUGCAGAGAGUUGUUGGGAGACCCUGUUCCCCUCACAGAGUUCUCAGAGUUCCCUGGGAAGAAGGUUUGAUGGUUAAACCACUCUGGGAAUUGUAGCUCUGUGAGGGGGACAGGGGUCUCCUUACAACUCUCUGCACCCUUAACAAACUACAUUUCCCAGGAUUUUUGAGGGAAGCCAUGUUUAAACUGGCAUAAUACUUGCUUAAAUGUACAGUGCAAACAGGGCCCUAGCAUAGUAGAACUUCCGAGUGAGUGUGCAUAGGAUCGGGGCCAUUGUGGGGAAUAUAAAUGGUGGUUAGAGUAAACCCAGCCACCUGAUGCUGCUUGGAGCGGUUAACCAGGAAACGAAAAAAACCUAAAGGGGUCCCAGCCAGGGCUCUGGCAUCUGCCCUAGGGCACCAGGUGCUGGUACCGGCCCUGACUGCUUCCCAUGCACAUUGCUCGAGCGAAUACAGGCACGAGGAUGCUGCCAUGGUCGCAAAGAACUUGAUCAACUGUAACUGGCUAAAAGUUGGCUCCAAAGCCAGUUUCUAGCAACACUUGAUCUGGCACUAUGUUUUUUUCUUCUUCCCAAAUUUGGGUUUUCUGAGAUGGGCUACAUUGAGCUUUUCUGAUGGUGGAGGCCCCAUGGAGCCACACCUUACUUUCACAGAUUCUUGUGCAAGGUUGCAGAAGGAGGGCUUGUGUGUCUUGCCUUUGUCUAAUGCCAGCCCCGGCGCCGGAAACAGCUCAGCAAACUACUUGACCUGUCUACAUGUUACGAUUGAUUUUGUCUUAUUUUGGUUAAGGAGGCAUAUAUGCUUUGUAUUCAGUCCUUGUUCAUAAUAAUUGUUCCCUUAGGUGUGCCUCUGUAUUGCAGGCGCGGGGAACCUUUUUUAGCCCAAGGGCGCCGUCCCUUUGUGGGAAACCUUCCAGAAGGUCACAUGCCAGUGGUGGGUGGAGCCAGAGGCAAAAAGUGAGCAGAGCGAUGAAUGUUCCAGCCAUGCAAACAGCCUCUGUUUAAUACACACACUCCCCUCCAUCCUCCUGGGCAGGCAAGAGGCAUGACUGUAGUUCAAGGACCCAGCUUAAGAACACUGAUUUUAUGCCUUCUGCAUUAAAAUUUUACCUUUGUAGUCCCUUUAGUACCAAUCCCUAUAUAUAUAUAUAUGUGUGUGUGUACAUAUAUAUAUGUAUGUAUAGUAUUUUAUGUAUUUUAAUUUAUUUUAAUGUUUUUGUGAUUUUACUGUUUACAAUUUUAUUAUGUAUGUGUUUGAUUUUAUUUUUGUAAGCUGCCCUGAGUGCCCUAUUAUAGGAUAGAAAGGCAGGAUAGAAAUAUUUUAAAUAAAUAAAUAAAUUUCAAGGGGGACAUAGAGCAGGGCUGAAGGAGUAUGUGGUCCAGGGGGACAUGGGUUGGGGAGAGUCCUCAGGACCAGAGAGAGUGAGGGCUGCAUUCAUCCCUUGGGCCGGAGGUUCCCUAUCCUGAUGUAUUGCACAAACCUUUGUGCAGA